AUGGCUGCCUUCCGCGUGCACCCCACCAACUACAAGGAGGAGAGCUUGGCCAACGUCAAGGACGUGCCCCGCAGGAAGGCCGUCGACUUCGGCUACCACUACCAACGCUACUACCAGCUUCCCAUUGAGUUCGUCGCCAACGAGCUGGGGUCGCGCACGCUGAAGAAGGUGGAGAAGCUGGAGUGGGUGAACGAGCUGGCGCAGUCCUCUUUCUUCCGCCAGAGCGACUACCUGCGCGAGGAGGUGGCCGACGAGAAGAUGGACAUCGAGGAGUACCUGCUGGUCAAGGAAAACCCAGCCUCCAAGCACUCGGAAAUCAAGGAAAAGGAGAAAAACACCUCAAGAAAGUGGCUUACUACACCAAGGAACGCAAUUUAUCUGCAUGUUGAAGGUCAGUUAGACGAGAGAAGAGGAAUAGAGGGUGGAGAAUUGCGUGAUGCUGUUGUUGCUUGCCUAUAUGUUUCGUAG